UUCUCGAUAAGUCUGUACCAUCGUAAAAGAGAUAUACGCCGAAAAAACGGCAGUUAUAUAAAUUAAAACUAUAUAAAGAUAAAGCAUCUGCAGAGCGCUGCGGCAAUCGGUUGGCUCGGUCAACAAGCCCAUGGUCCCUGCAGGAAGCGUAAACAACUAAAAAUAUUUAUUAGCAUGCGGACAGAAGAAGCAGGUGGAUGGUGAUGCUUCGUCGCGCGGACGGUUCCGAUCCCGUGGACGCGCCGCCAUCGAGGCUGGCCUUUCAGUGGGCUUAUCGCAGCGAGCCGCGCGCGGCUUAUCGGCAAGGCGAGGCGAGCCAAGACGGGACUAGAGAGCAGAGAGCAGAGGCGCAGAAGCUCUCACGCUUGCCUGCUAGGCGCGUGAUAACCGCGACGACGGCGCUGCGCGAUAAGACCGUCUCCAGAAUUGUCUCGACCGGCGCGCUCGUCGCUUCGCACAGCCUGCCACGGCCAACUUUGCCGGGAGAGCAGCACCAGCACCAGCAGCAACAUGUUUGGCAGCUUCUACGUGCUCAAGAAGCACUUCAACUUCAAAGUCUACCGCGACUCGCCCUCCAUCGACAACAUCAUCUUCAAGCUGCACUACCGGGCGACCUUCCUCAUCCUGCUCUCGUGCGUGGUGCUCGUCUCCUCCAGACAGUACAUCGGCGAGCACAUCAGGUGUGUCUCGGACGAUGGUGUGCCGGGCGGCGUCAUGGAGUCCUUCUGCUUCUUCAUGUCGACCUUCACGGUGGUGAAGCACAUGAACGUGACGGCGGUGGAGGAGGGCGAGAUCCCGCACUUCGGAGUUGGGCCCAAGGGCAAGAAUGACGAGGUGACCAGGCACGCCUACUACCAGUGGGUGCCGUUCGUGCUGUUCCUGCAGGCGCUGCUCUUCUACCUUCCCCACUACUUCUGGCGCUCGGUCGAAGGCGGUCGACUGGCCACACUGACCUCGGGCCUGCAGAUGGCGGCCAUCGCGCUCCGUGACGAGAAGCUGGUGACGGACAACGCGGUAGUGCCCUCGAGGAAGGAUAAGGAGGCCAAGAUCCAGGAGAUCCGCACGGCUUUCAUGAACCGCCUGCACCUGAACCGGCCCUGGGCCUACUACUUGGGCCUGUGCGAGCUGAUGAACUUGGUCAACGUCAUUGGCCAGAUGUACAUCACCAACAAGUUCCUGGGCGGCGCAUUUCUCGACCUCGGGCACGACGCCAUCGAGGCCAGCUACGACCAGCUGAAGAACCCCUUCGACGAGGUCUUUCCGAAAGUAACCAAGUGCACCUUCCACAAGUACGGGCCAUCGGGAAACAUCCAAAAGCACGACGCCCUCUGCGUCAUGGCUCUCAACAUAAUCAACGAGAAGAUCUACACGUUUCUCUGGUUUUGGUUCGUCAUUCUUGCCUCGCUAAGCCUCGCGGGCCUUGUCUGGAGGGUCCUCACCAUGAUUCUGCACUCGAGGAGCACCUUCUUCAAUAAGUGGGUAUUCGCAAUGGCCUGCCCCGGGAGGUACAACCCUUGGGACGUGCUCAAGGUCACCAACGAAUACUACUUCGGCGACUGGCUGUUCCUGUACUACAUAGCCAAGAACGUGGAGAAUUACGUGUUCAAGGAGUUGCUGCAGGGACUGGCCCUCGACCUCGAGGAAAGGAGACGAGUCAUGUAUCGCAGCUUGGCCCAAGAGGAUCCUCUGAAGGGCACCGAGUACAGCGCAAAAGAUGCCGAGGCGCAAAGCGACAACUCCAAAAUGCUGUUAAUGUCCUGAGCGGGGAGCGAGGCACCUGGAGCAACGUCGGCACGACUGGCGUCGCGAGAUCGUAACCAUCGUGGAUGCUGACUAAGCACAUCGCUGGCGGAAGCAGUGUACACCACGCUGGCUGCCUCGCCCUCAACGCCGGUGGAUCAGUGGAACUCGCCGGUCAAGCUCUCUGCUCGUUCAUGCUCUCAGACGUUGUUUCGCGUCGCGCGAUCGUCUACAAGGUGGAUCAACGAUCCUUCUGCCUCCCGUUUCUCCUCGUUCCUCCUCGUUCCUCCUCGUUCCUCCUCGUUCCUCCCCGUUCCUCCUCGUUCCUCCUCGGUCCUUCUCGUUCCUUCUCGUUCCUUCUCGUUCCUUCUCGUUCCUUCUCGUUCGAACAUUGUAAUUUCGUUUGUAUUGGUCGAACGAGCGACGAUCGAUUGUACUGUCUCUGCGAGCUCGCAGGUCAGCUUCGUCGCAGAUUAAGAUAUUGCGCGCUAUACCGCUUCGUAACUGCGAGUGCGCGUGCAUAUGUGAGCAGCGAAUGGAACUGAAACAAAUAAAUGGUUUUA